AUGCGCGAUAAUCCAAUACAAGAAUUCGAUAAUCCGAUACAAACAGCAACAAGGUUUGACUCGCAUAGUGAUUCGGAGGACGACUCGCAAUCUACGUCAGUCGACCACAACUCAUCCUUUAUAACUCGUCGAAAAAGUAGUCCCCAAAUACCCAAAGAGGCCCUAGGUUGCGACUACUCGAACAACAAGAUGACCAUUAAUGCCAAACCUAGGAAGAAGCUAUGGCUUCGUAUAAUGGUAUUUCUUGUCUUUUUCUUGUGUUUGGCGGUUUUCCUCGUGCCUAAAGAACGACUAUUUGGUCUCGAUCUUGAAGGAGAAUUAUUCGAUGCCGACAUAUCAAAUUCAAUCUCAGAUUCAGAUAACCAAACGGAUAAGGAUACCACAUCCACGCCACUCAAAACAUCUCAUUGCAAAAAACCAUAUCCUGGUCGUCCAUUGAUCCAGUACGCUCUCAUGAUUGACGCUGGUUCUACCGGGUCGCGGAUUCAUGUAUAUCGAUUCAAUUAUUGCAAAAACUCCCCGCAGUUGGAGGAUGAAGUAUUUCACCAUGUUGAACCAGGUUUAUCGAGUUAUCCUGACAAUCCGGAGGGUGCUGCCGAGAGCUUGGACGAACUAGUGGCGGUUGCGCUAAAACAUGUUCCCGCGGAAUUACAUAGCUGUACCCCGGUUGCUGUUAAAGCUACCGCCGGGUUGAGAUUGUUGGGUGUUAAAAAGAGUCUUCAUAUUCUAAAGGCUGUUAGGAAGCGUUUGGAAAAUAAAUACCCGUUUCCUAUUAUUGAGAAUGAAGGUGUCGCCAUUAUGGAUGGUAAAGAUGAAGGUGUAUACGCUUGGAUAACAGUUAAUUAUCUGUUGCAACGCAUAGGCUCUGCCCAUAAGCAACCAACGGCGGCAAUUUUUGAUCUUGGGGGCGGUUCGACUCAGAUCGUUUUUGAGCCGGACUCUACAGAUGACUUUGUUGUCGCACCAGGUGAACAUCGGUACGAACUCCAAUACGGUGGACAUACUUACGUUCUCUACCAACAUUCCUACCUUGGUUAUGGUCUAAUGAGUGCUCGACGACGGAUAAAAGAAAUAAUGAUAAAAAUGUGGCAUAGUAUUAAAAGUAAAAAAGUUUUGGGCGUAAAGGCUGAAGAAAUAGAUGACACGACGCCGCAUCCUUGUCUUCCGAAGAAUUACACCGAAGAAUUGUCUUUGAAGGAUAUACUGCCUACUUUGGAUGAUUCUACGACAGUUGUGGGCACCGGUGCUGGACAUGCUCAAUGUAGAGCAGUGACUGAGCAUUUGUUUGACAAGAACAAAGAAUGUUCGUUAUCGCCAUGUGCCUUCGAUGGAGUCUAUCAACCACCCUUGCGGGAGACAUUUUCAAUUAAUGAUAUCUAUGCGUUCUCGUACUUUUACGAUCGGGCCAACCCGUUAGGUAUGCCAUCAGAAUUCUCUCUUGGUGAACUUCGAGAAUUGACAGAUGCAGUGUGCGCAGGGGAUGUCAGUAAAUUCGCCCAUUUGCCUGAAGCAAUGAAGGAGUUGCAAAAAAAUCCACAUUAUUGUAUGGAUUUGACAUUUAUUUAUGGAUUAUUACAUUUCGGUUAUGAGAUCCCGUUAGACAGAGAAGUCAAAAUUGCAAAAAAGAUUAAAGGUAUCGAGACGGGAUGGUGUCUUGGAGCAGCCAUUGCUGUCUUGGAUUCAACGCUUUGGUGCAAGGCAUGA